AUGCAGGUCAAUGAGGAGGUUGCGGCCGCGGCCACCAAGGACGAUACCGUUCCCACGGGUCUGACUGAGGCUGAUGACGAGGCCACCACCGGCGGUGAAAUCGUAACCGCAGGAGCGGCUGCCGCUGACAAGAAGAAGCGCAAGAAAAAGAAGAAGAAGAAAACCACUGCAGCUGGAGCCACAGGCAGUGAGGCCGAUACUGAGGAAACGGGCACGGAAGAUUCUGCAGCCCAAUCAAUGCUGUCAAGCGCACAGCAACAGCAGCUAGCCAUGCAGCUUUUGCAGCAACGCAUUUCCCAGCUUUCAGUCCGCGAGCAACCGAAAUAUCGCUAUUGGCGCACGCAGCCCGUGCCUCAAUUCGAUGACCCUGCUGAUGCUCCGGGGCUUUGUUUGGAGCCAACUCGAUCUCACCGAUGCCGCUCAGUUGGACGAGCUCUACGUCCUGCUCAACGAGAACUAUGUCGAAGACGAUGACAACAUGUUCCGCUUCGACUACAGCAAAGACUUUCUCAAGUGGGCUUUGAUGCCCCCCGGCUGGAAGCCGGUGUGGCAUCUUGGCAUUCGCAGCGAAAAGUCCAACCGCUUGUUGGCUUUCAUCUCAGCCAUUCCAGCCGACAUCCGUUGCAAAGAACAUACCCAGCGCAUGGUCGAGAUCAACUUCUUAUGCGCUCAUAAGAAGUUGCGCUCCAAACGCGUGGCCCCCUCCCUCAUUAGCGAAAUCACUCGCCGCGUAAAUCGCGAGGGCAUCUUCCAGGCCUGCUACACUGCGGGUGCUGUGAUUCCUCGCCCUGUCAAUUCUUGCCAAUACUUUCACCGCAGCCUCAACCCGGGCAAGCUUUUGGAUAUUCGAUUCAGCGGCCUCAAGGCCCGUGAAAAGCGCAAGGACCACAUCAAAAAGUAUACUUUGCCUUCGGAGCCAACGGUUUCUGGCCUCAAACCCAUGGAGAUGAAACACACUGAGCAAGUCAAGGUCAUGCUGAAUGACUACCUUGCCAGGUUUGAUCUCGCGCCCGUCUUCUCGGUCGAGGAGGUGCAACACUGGCUGCUGACCCGCGAAGACGUCGUGUAUUCUUUCGUUGUUGAGGAUGAUGAGGGCAAUGUGACAGACUUCUUAAGCUUUUACAACCUCCCCUCCACCGUGAUGAAGCACCCUGAGCAUAACCAUCUCAAGGCGGCUUACUCUUACUACAACGUCGCCACCAAGCAUGAUCUGACUGAGCUCAUGCGUUCCGCGCUGAUCUUGGCCAAGGAACGUGGCUUUGAUGUCUACAACGCCCUGCAACUCAUGGAUAACGGCUCCGUUUUCGAAGCAUUGCAGUUUGGCCCCGGCGAUGGCAAGCUCAACUAUUACCUCUACAAUUAUCGUCUGAAGGCCGAGAGUAGCAUUGGUCUGGUCCUUCUGUAAACCGCUUAUGACUGAAGGCAGAGUGUCGCUCGUCGUGGUUGGAUCGAGUCCAUUGGAGCGGGCUGACCGAUGGUCGCCCUGUGUCUCAUGCCCAAUCGAAUUUUUGAGACGU